CUCUUUCACUUUUCCUUCUCGUUUGACCUGGUCGUCGUCUUGUAAUUUCUCCUGCAGUUGACUGCACUCUUCAGGAACUUCAAAGCCUGCGACCUUCUACUACUCUCGCUCUAUUCUUACUAGUGAAAAUGUUCGCUAUAUUCUCCACGGUGCUCGCAGCUACGCUUCUGGCAGCAAUUCCUCCGACAAAGGGUGCUGAGUUACAAGUGGUCGUCGGCGGCACAGGCGUUCUGCAAUUCAAUCCUAACCAAGUGACGGCCGCUGUUGGGGAUGUUGUUACAUUCAUCUUCAAGCAACAGAACCAUACCGCCACUCAGUCUACCUUGGCUCAACCUUGUUCCCCCAAGGAUGGUGGAUUUGAUUCGGGAUUCAUUCCUGUCGCGGCCGACGUCACAGACAAUUUCCCCGCCGCUCAAUUCCAGGUGCAAGAUACAAACCCCGUCUGGGUCUACUGCCGGCAAGCCAACCACUGUCAACAAGGCAUGGUCUUCGCCAUCAACGGCGCGGCUAACUUCUCGACCUUCCAAUCCAACGCCUUUGGCAACUCCACCGCAUCCACAUCUGCUUCUGCUGCCUCCUCGACUGCCACCACACCCACCAGUACCACGGCAUCUACUGCUGCUACUUCGACAUCAUCCUCGACGACGGACCACAAAGUCAUCGUCGGCGGAACUGGCUCCGCUGUUUUGACGUACCAGCCAUCGAACAUCACUGCUCAGCCCGGCGACACCGUCACAUUCGAGUUCCAUCAGAAGAAUCAUACAGUCACGCAGUCGAGCUUCGCGGCUCCUUGCCAGAAGCUGGCGUCGACGAGCACGAGUGGACAGGUUGGAUUCGCCUCUGGAUUCAUGCCAGUGGCGGACAAUGCGACGAGCUUCCCUACCUUCACGAUCCAGAUCAACGACACUUCUCCCAUUUGGGCUUACUGUGCCCAGACCGGCCACUGCGGUCAAGGCAUGGUCUUCUCUGUGAACGCGAAUGAGUCCAGCGCAAAUACAUUCGAAGCGUUCCAAGCCAAGGCCAUCCAGAUCAACGGCACCUCAUCCAACUCGACCUCCAGCGGCAACGGUGCCCUCAGCACUGUUUCGUUCAACCACGGCGCGGGCUUCGCGCUCGCGUUUGGUGGCGUCGUACUUGGCCUGCUGUUGUAGACGACCAUGGUGAUUCACUCGCUUUGGCUUUCUCUAUGCCAACGAUGGACAUGACGACCCUUACGCUUUUAUGCCUGUGUAUACAUCAUAAUUGGGUUGUGUUUUUAGACUUCUGUAUCGUUUAGCUCUUCGUCCGUCUUUUUCGUUCCGUCAGCGUGGUUAUGAUUGUCCUCAGGGCAUAUCUUGGACUUUCGUACGUACGCUAUAUACAGUGUAGCCCAUAGUACCCGUACUCAGCAGGGCCUUCUUUUGCUGGACGCUCUUCCCACUCUUUACUUUCUUCUUGGUCGCUUGGUAUACUUAUGCUUACCCCUACACUAUCCUACUUGUCGUCUUAGUUUUGAUGGUUUGGGUGGACUGGUGCCAUUUGGAUUGUUGAAGCGUAGGCUAAUGUAAUGAGAAUGACAUUACUUGUUUCCUAUUUUGUGCAGCCGAUGCACCAC